GUGCGUCACCAGCCUCGGCCGAGGAGGGCUGUGCUGCUUGACGUCAUCAGUCCUGCACCUGCCAACAUGGAAGGCACCGGUGUCGCUGAAUCUGGGGCUGAGGCUCUUGGUUCUGAAGCGGCUCCGGUCACGGUCCGGGAACUUCUGCAGGACGAAUGUUAUUUUGACUUUUUAAGUGAAGAUUUUGAUGUAAAGACUUACACUUCUCAAUCUAUUCACCAAGCUGUAAUAGCUGAACAGCUAGCAAAACUUGCACAAGGAAUAAGUCAGUUGGAUAAAGAGCUACACUUACAGGUAGUUGCAAGGCAUGAAGAUUUAUUGGCACAGGCAACUGGGAUUGAAUCUUUAGAAGGUGUUCUUCAAAUGAUGCAGACAAGAAUUGGGGCCCUCCAAGGAGCUGUUGAUAGGAUUAAAGCGAAAAUUGUUGAUCCAUACAACAAGAUAGUAGCACGCACCGCACAACUGGCAAGACUUCAGGUAGCCUGUGAUUUGCUUCGAAGAAUAAUACGCAUCUUGUAUCUCAGUAAAAGACUCCAAGGACAGCUGCAGGGAGGAAGUCGAGAGAUAACAAAAGCUGCUCAGAGUCUCAAUGAACUUGAUUAUCUUUCCCAAGGAAUUGAUCUUUCUGGAAUAGAAGUAAUAGAAAACGAUCUACUUUUUGUUGCAAGAGCUCGACUUGAGGUUGAAAAUCAGGCUAAACGUUUACUUGAGCAAGGAGUGGAAACCCAGAAUCCAACUCAAGUGGGAACAGCACUUCAAGUUUUCCAUAAUCUUGGAACUUUGAAAGAUACUAUUACCAAUGUAGUGGAUGGGUAUUGUGCUACUCUAGAAGAAAACAUAAAUAAUGCAUUAGACAUCAAAGUUUUGACUCAGCCUUCCCAAACAACCAUGAGAGGAGGCCCUGGACGAUCCACUAUGCCAACCCCAGGAAACACUGCUGCCUUCCGUGCUGCCCUCUGGACAAAUUUGGAGAAACUUAUGGAUCAGAUCUGUGCUGCCUGUGGACAGGUUCAACAUUUGCAAAAAGUAUUAGCCAAGAAGAGAGACCCUGUUUCACAUGUUUGUUUCAUUGAAGAAAUAGUUAAGGAUGGACAGUCAGAAAUUUUAUAUACAUUUUGGAGUGUCGUUACUGAUACCCUUUCUUCUCGAUUUCAAACAGCCACAAAUUCUUCUAUGUUUUUGAAGCAAGCAUUUGAAGGUGAAUAUCCUAAGUUAUUGCGUCUUUAUAAUGACUUAUGGAAGCGUCUUCAGCAAUAUAGUCAAAAUAUUCAAGGCAAUUUUAAUUCAAGUGGAACCACAGACCUCUACAUUGACCUACAGCAGAUAGAAGAUGAUGUACAAGACAUAUUCAUGCAGAAAAAGCAGGAUUAUGAUCCAGAAAAGGCUUUAAAAGACUCACUGCAACCUUAUGAAGCGGCUUAUCUUUCAAAGUCAUUAUCUCGACUCUUUGAUCCUAUCAACCUGGUCUUUCCCCCCGGUGGUCGGAAUCCACCUUCUCCUGAUGAACUGGACAGCAUCAUUAAAACCAUAGCCAGCGAACUUAAUGUGGCUGCAGUUGACUCAAAUCUUACUUUAGCUGUGUCCAGAAAUGUGGCAAAGACCAUCCAGUUAUUUGGCGUGAAAUCUGAGCAGCUUCUCUCCACACAAGGAGAAGCAAGUCAGGUGAUUGGUCCUCUUACUGAAGGACAGAGAAGGAAUGUGGCAGUUGUUAAUUCAUUGUACAAGUUACACCAGUCAGUUAUGAAGGUAAUUUCCAACCAGAGCUCAUUCCCAGUAGCAGCAGAGGAAACAAUAGCUGCAGCCCUAAAGACAGUCCAUGCUCUCAUGGGAAAUGCUGUGCAACCUUUGCUGACUUCAGUGGGAGAUUCAAUAGAGGCCAUAAUCAUCACUAUGCAUCAGGAAGAUUUUUCUGGAUCAUUACCUAGCUCAGAAAAACCAGAUGUCCCUUGCUCUCUAUAUAUGAAGGAGUUACAAGGUUUUAUUGCCAGAGUGAUGAAUGACUACUUUAGACACUUCGAAUGUUCAGAGUUUGUCUUUGACAACACAGAAGCCAUUGCCCAGAGAGCAAUUGAACUUUUUGUUCGUAAUGCCAGUCUCAUAAGGCCACUUGGCGAAGGUGGAAAAAUGCGACUUGCUACUGAUUUUGCCCAGAUGGAACUGGCUGUGGCUCCACUCUGCAGACGGGUAUCUGACCUAGGAAAGUCCUACCGCUUGCUCAGAUCAUUCCGACCACUGCUAUUUCAGACAAGUGAACAUGUAGCCAAUAGCCCAGCACUGGGGGAUAUUAUCCCAUUCAGCAUUAUUAUUCAUUUCUUAUUUACAAAAGCUCCAUCCGAGUUGAAAUCUCCUUUCCAGAGAGCAGAGUGGUCCCAUGCCCGAUACUCCCAGUGGCUAGAUGAUCAUCCAUCAGAAAAGGACAGGCUUCUCCUUAUCAGAGGAGCUCUGGAAGCCUAUGUUCAAUCAGUGAAAAGCAGAGAAGGAAAAGAAUUUGCACCAGUUUAUCCAAUAAUGGUUCAACUGCUUCAGAAAGCUAUGUCUUUGCUUUAGUCAUUACCUAAAAUAUUCCCUUAAUGUUAUUUCCUGUGCUUUACUGACUUUUAUUCAGCAGUUACUUUAAGUGAAAGAGCAUAUACUACAUUUUUUUCUUGCUGUUCACUGUUACAAAAGAUCCAAAUCUCAAAAUUCUCUUUUCUUACCUCCUCUUCUAGAUAGCAUGUUGUAAAAUUUCAUGUUUCAAGAGUAUAAAAGAGAUAUUAUAAUCUAAAUAUAUCUAUGGAGCUAAUUCUGCCAAUUCUUCUUUUAAGAGCUGAUAAGAAUCAUCCCCUUAACACACAAAAAUGACCCCCCCCCCCAAAAUAGCACAUGGAUAAACACAUUUUAAAGUUGGUUGGCUCAGGCUAUGUAAUAGACACCAAUAAUAAGUUUUCUGUUCUCUCACUAACAUCUUCCCCUAGGGAAAAAAAAAAAAGGAAUAAAGCUAAGAGCUUUUAUUUGAA